CAGAAGCGAAGAAGAGAGCGGACCGUUCAGUCAGCGGCGCGUCAGUCUGCGAGCGGCUCUGCUGGUGUGGGUGAUAUUGAGGAGGACGGACUUUUUCACCGGGAUAUUCUGCAGCAUGACAGGAAUGGACUGAUGAUGGGAUGGAUGUGAAUAUGGGCCAGUGGGCAGGCAUGCAAGUCCCUCUCCUCUGCCUGGCCCUUCUGCUGCAGUUGCUGCUCUUCGAGCCACCACCCUGCUGUGGCCAGAACACCCAGGGGGCCCCUCCAGAUGGACCUCACUUUGGCUUCACACAGGCUGUCUACCAUGCAACAGUUUAUGAAAACUCUGCAGCACGCACCUAUGCCAACAGUAAAGUUAAAAUGGGAAUCCACCUGGCCCAACGCUCCUGGGAGAUCCGCUACAGAAUCACCUCAGGUGAUGAUGAAGGGUUUUUCAAGGCAGAGGAGUAUGUGCUGGGUGACUUCUGCUUCUUGCGCAUCAGGACUAAAGGUGGCAACGCAGCUAUCUUGAACCGAGAGAUUCAGGAUAAUUAUGUACUGACAGUUAAAGCCUCUGUCAGGGGAGAGGCCCUCCUUGAGACAUGGACUAAAGUCAGCAUCCAGGUCUUGGAUAUGAAUGACCUACGACCCUUGUUCUCACCCACCACUUACUCCGUCACCAUAGCAGAGAGCACCCCUCUCAGGACUAGUAUAGCACAAGUUACUGCCACAGAUGCAGAUAUUGGCUCUAAUGGGGAGUUUUACUAUUUUUUCAAGGAGAAAAUGGAGCUGUUUGCAGUACACCCAACUAGUGGAGUGGUUUCUCUCAGUGGAAAGCUCAAUGUUGAUGAGCAGAACCGGUAUGACUUAGAAAUCCUGGCGGUGGACCGUGGCAUGAAGCUCUAUGGAAAUAAUGGAGUCAGCAGCACAGCCAAGCUUUUUGUCCAUGUAGAGCGCGUGAAUGAAUAUGCCCCAGUCAUGAACGUAGUCACUCAUAACCCCUUGUGGCUUGAUAAAAACCCUGUGUAUGCCACGGUUACUGUUGAGGACCUAGAUGAAGGCUUAAAUGGAGAAAUAGACUCAGUAGUCAUUGUGGGUGGAGACCCCUCAGAGCAGUUUUCCGUAGAAAAAUCUGAGGAGGGUGAGUUUGCCAUAAAGGCCUCUGAGUCUCUAACUUGGGACACUUUUCCUUACGGUUGUAAUCUCACUUUGCAGGCUAAAGACAAAGGAACCCCACAGAAAUUCUCUGCCAUUAAGGUUGUCCACAUCUUGCUCAAGAAACAGCAGACAGUGGAAGUUAAGUUUGAGAGGGAGUUGUAUGAGCUUAGUCUGAAUGAAAUUUCACCACCAGGCACGAUUGUAGAGGCUAUUAAAAUCAAGCCAGAGCCUGAUGAUGCAGAAUAUAUCCUGACACCAUCUGCAGAUUCUGUUUUCUUUCAAAUGAACACCCUAACAGGCGUAAUCUCCACCACUCGCUGGUUCACUCAGGUGACCCAGGAUGUCUUUAAUCUUGAGGUAUUGGAAAUAGAUAGUGAACUCAAAGUUAAAGUGCGGGUAACUAUUGAGGAUGCCAAUGACAACACACCAACAUUUGAUCAGACCUCUUACGAGGUUUUAGUCAAUGAAAGUGUACCAGUUGGGACCAAUGUGUUAACAGUUUCUGCUGUGGAUGAGGAUAAAGGAGAAAAUGGAUACAUAACUUACAGUAUUUCCAGCCUUCAACCAUUACCCUUCAAAAUCAAUCAGUUUUCUGGUAUCAUCAGCACCACUAAAGAGUUGGACUUUGAAUCCUCAUCAGAGAGUUUUGUGUUUGUUGUCAGAGCAUCUGACUGGGGGUCACCUUACAGGCGAGAAAGUGAAGUCAAUGUGACAAUCCACCUGGAAAAUGUAAAUGAUAACCAGCCACUGUUUGAGAAGGUAGCAUGCCAGGGGGUGAUCUCUAGGGAUUUCCCAGUGGAUGAAGUUAUUACUACAAUGUCUGCGAUUGAUAUAGAUGAGUUAGAGCUAGUAAAAUAUAAGAUAAUUUCAGGGAACGAAUGGGGGUUCUUUGACCUGAAACCUGACUCAGGGGUCCUCUCAUUGCGACGUUCCCUUGCCACAGCCAGUCCAAAGAAUAGUGUCUUUUGUCUCAAAAUAACGGCCACAGAUGGUGAGCACUUUUCGGAUGCUAUCUUUGUUAACAUCUCAGUUGUUCAUGGGAAAUCUGUUCCCAAAAGUUUCAACUGUAAAGAGACAAGGGUAGCCCAAAAGUUAGCUGAAAAGUUACUCAAAAAGUCCAAAGCUAGCACCCAGCCUAAAAUCGAGGCAGGUUUUAUUGACCUUUUCUCUGUCAAUCGGCAAAUGCCACAGUUUGACAAAGCUUUUCCUACAGAUAUUGCUGUGCGGGAAGACCUAAAGGUAGGCUCAAGUGUUUUUAAGGUGAAUGCCUACGAUGGUGACACAGGUUUCAAUGGUCAGAUUCUACACUCUAUUUCAGAUGGAAACACUGACAGUUGUUUUACCAUUGACAUGGAGACUGGCAUUAUCAGUGUCUUCCUGCCCAUGGACAGAGAAAAGAGGGAUCGCUAUCUCCUCAACCUAACUAUUUAUGACCUUGGCCUGCCACAAAAAACUACAUGGCGUUUGCUUACUGUCUACAUAGAGGAUGCUAAUGAUAAUUCACCCCAGUUUCUGCAAGAAGGAGGCUAUAGAGCUGUUAUACCUGAAAACACUGCCAUAGGUACAGAUGUAAUCCAGGUUGAGGCCACCGACAAAGAUCUUGGACCCAGUGGAGAGAUUGUGUACUCUAUUUUGACCAGCACCACCCAGUUUGGUAUCAACUCCACCAAUGGGAUAGUGUAUGUUGCUGGACAACUAGACAGGGAGUUUGUUUUUGCUUUUAACCUGAAGAUUGAGGCCCGGGACAAGGCAGAGAAAGGGAGCCAGAGGUUUUCUGUGACCACUUUGAAAAUCAUACUGGAGGAUGUUAAUGACUGCCCUCCACUAUUUAUCCCCAGUGUGUACAAAGCUAGGGCUCUGGAGGAUCUUCCAGUAGGAACUGUUGUGGCCUGGUUAGAAACCCAGGACCCAGAUUUGGGUUUGGGAGGCCAGGUCCGGUACUCUCUAGCCAAUGACUACAAUGGAUGGUUUGAGAUAGACAGGGCUAGCGGGGCUAUUCGUCUGGCAAAGGAGCUGGACUACGAGACCCAGCAGUUCUACAAUCUCACUGUGAAGGCCAAAGACAAGGGAAGGCCCGUUUCUCUUCUCUCUGUCACCUUUGUGGAGGUCGAGGUUGUAGAUGUGAAUGAAAACCUCUACGCCCCAUACUUUUCCCACUUUGCCUUGACAGGAUUAGUUACAGAGAAUGCCCGGAUUGGAACUACCCUACUCCAAGUCACCGCUUAUGAUGAGGACACUGGCAGAGAUGGAGAAAUCCAGUACUCCAUUCGUGAUGGGAGUGGGCUUGGACGAUUUGCCAUUGAUGAAGAGACAGGGGUGAUCUACACCACUGAUAUGUUGGACCGUGAGACCAAGGAGUCCUAUUGGCUAACAGUGUAUGCCAGCGACCACGGUGUGGUUCCCCAGUUCACCAUUGUCGAGGUGUACAUCCAGGUGGAGGAUGUUAAUGACAACGCCCCACUGACUUCAGAACCACUGUACCGGCCAUCAGUGUCUGAGAACUCUCCUCGGGAUGUUUCUGUGAUCCAGAUUCAGGCCCAGGACCCUGACGCCACACCCCCCUCCGCUGCUGACAGGCUCAACUACCGCAUAACCAGCGGAAACCCACAGAACUUCUUCACCAUCAACACCCGCACUGGUCUGAUCACUACAACCUCCAGGAAACUGGACCGCGAACAACAAACAGAGCACGUAUUAGAGGUGUUGGUGUCAGAUGGUGGUUCGAGUCCCAGGCAUAGUACAGUGUGGGUGAUCGUUCAGGUACUGGAUGAAAAUGACAACAAGCCCACAUUUCCUGAGAAGGUCUACCAGGUAAAACUUCCAGAGAGAGAGCGGAGAAAGAAGAGUGAGCCUAUCUAUCGGGUGUUUGCCUACGACCGUGAUGACGGGCCCAACAGUGAUCUCUCCUACAGCAUCGUGGACGGCAAUGAGGAUGGGAAGUUCUUCAUCGACCCAAAGACUGCAGUUGUAUCUUCACGCAAGACCUUCACUGCUGGGAGCUAUGACAUCCUGACUAUUAAAGCAACAGACAACGGCCGUCCUCAGAAGUCCUCUACAACUCGCCUGCACAUCGAGUGGAUCCGUCGACCUCCACCCUCAACCUUCCCGCUGCUCUUCGAUGAGCCAGUCUACAAUUUCACCAUCAUGGAGAAUGACAAGGUGGCAGAGAUUGUGGGUGUGGUGUCCCUGCAGCAGAGCUCCAUCCCCUUGUGGUUUGACAUUACAGGUCCCAGGUCUUUCCGUGAGAUGUUCUAUAUUCUGCAGAGCGCUUGUGGCAGGAACUGUUCCUCAGAAGGUGGGAACAGCGAUGGUGUGUUUGAUGUAGAGAAAGCUGUGGGCACCAUCAUCAUCGCCAAGCCUCUGGAUGCUGAACAGCGCUCCUUCUACAACCUGACGGUGCAGGCCACGGACGGCACCAACACUGCAUACUCGCAGGUUCACAUAACUGUGAUGGACAACAACGACAAUGCUCCCAUCUUCUCCCAACCAACUUAUGAUGUCACUAUUUCUGAAGAUAUACCACCUGAUACUGAGGUAGUCCAGGUUCUGGCAUUGGACUGCGAUGAGAAUCACCAGCUAAUCUACUCUCUGCAGAGCUCCAUAGACCCCAAUAGCAUGCAUUUGUUCCGCAUCCACCCCACCCUGGGCACCAUCUAUUCUGCUCAGAGGCUGGACCAUGAAGCCUGUGCCCAGCACAUCCUCACUGUCAUUGUGAAGGACCAAGAGUUCCCAUACAGAAAGAACCUGGCUCGUGUGCUAAUAGAAGUGGAAGAUAUAAAUGACCAUGUACCAAUAUUUACCAGUGCUCUGUAUGAAGGCUCAGUCUAUGAGUCAGCAGCAGUGGGAUCAGCUGUGGUCCAAGUCACUGCCCUGGACAAAGACAAAGGCCAGAAUGCAGAGCUAUACUACUCCAUUGAAGCAGGGAACAAUGGAAAUGCUUUCCAUAUUGAACCUGUUUUGGGUAUCGUCACUGUUGCACGUGACCUGGACUUGUCUAGCAUAGGCCAUUAUGUUCUCACUGUCAGAGUUACUGACAAUGGCUCCCCUCCCCUGUCCACCACCACUAUAGUACGUAUUGCUGUCACCAUCUCUGAUAACGCUGGCCCUAAGUUCCCUCAGCCUGACUACCAGGCUGAGAUCACAGAGAAUGUGGUGGUUGGGACCUCUGUAACCACAGUAAGUGCAGUCAGCCAGUCCACCCUUACUUAUGACAUCAAGCAGGGCAAUACCAAUCGUGUUUUUCAAAUAAAUCAGUACAGUGGAGUGAUUACUACUCAAAAGCCCCUAGACUAUGAGACUACAACAUCUUACACCCUAAUAGUCCAGGCUACCAAUAUGGCUGGCAUGGCAUCCAAUGCAACUCUGGUAAUCCAAAUAAUGGAUAGGAAUGAUAACCCACCAGUUUUCCAACAGCUUCACUAUCGUGGCAGCAUCAGCGAGGCUGCACCAGUCAACAGUGUGGUCUUGAAUUCAGAUGAUUCACCUCUAGUAAUAAAGGCCACUGAUGCUGACCACAACCAAAAUGCUCUGUUGGUUUACCAGAUUGUUGAGGACACUGCAAAAAUGUUCUUCACGGUGGACUCAGGAACUGGUUCUAUCAGAACCAUUGCUAAUCUAGACCAUGAGACACUGGCCAUCUUCCACUUUCAUGUCCAUGUGAGGGACAAUGGCAGGCCACAGUUGACAGCAGACAGUCCAACUGAGGUCACAAUACAAGUGACUGACACAAAUGAUUCACCACCUUGCUUCACACAGAAUGCCUAUGAAACAGUCCUGCUACUCCCCACCUAUGUGGGAGUAGAAGCUUUGCAGGUUUCAGCCAUAGACCCUGACAAAGAUGUCUCAACAGAGCUCACUUACUCUCUGACUGAUGGAGUACUGGAGCACUUUGCCAUCAAACCUUCCAGUGGAGUCAUCAUAGUAAAAAACAACAACUUCUCCAAAGAACGUUUCCGCUUCAGUGUCAAAGUUUCAGAUGGGAAAUUCUCCAGCACGGCUUUGGUAACCAUUCUUGUCCGAGAAGCUCUGGACUCUGGUCUCAGCUUCACCCAUAGCGUUUACUCUUCAUCUAUUCAAGAGAAUGUGUUAAAUAUCACCGAAGUGGCUGUGGUAAAUGCUGUGGGAAACCGUCUUAAUGAACCAUUGAAGUACACCUUGUUGAAUGCCGGUACAUGCUUCAGAAUCCGUCCAACUUCUGGCGUGAUCCAAACCACAGGAAUACCCUUUGACCGUGAAGAGCAAGAGUUCUAUGAACUAGUUGUUGAGGCGAGAAGGGAGCACGACCGUCUGCAUGUGGCCAGAGUUAUGGUUAGAGUCCAAGUUGAGGACAUAAAUGAUAAUGCACCUGUGUUUGUUGGACUUCCUUAUUAUGCAGCUGUUCAAGUUGAAGCUGAGCCUGGAUCACCCAUUUUCAGGGUCAUGGCAGUAGACUUUGACAAAGGGAUUAAUGGAGAGGUAUCUUAUUACCUCAAAGAUGACCAUGGUCACUUUGAGAUCAACCGACAGACGGGUAGUCUCAGCCUGAAGAGGGCUUUUGAGUCAGACUUGUCCAAUGUCGAAUAUCAGAUGGUAAUAUAUGCCAAAGAUAGUGGUUAUCCACCUCUCUCAUCUACUACAGAGUUUCCCAUCACAGUAGUCAACAAAGCCAUGCCUGUCUUUGACAAAUCAUUUUAUUCUGUUUCUGUGAAUGAGGAUGUGGCUGUGCACACACCAAUCCUUGGCAUCAAUGCCACUAGUCCUGAAGGUCAGAACAUAAUCUACACCAUUGUUGAUGGAGACCCAUCUCUUCAGUUUGAUAUUGGUUUUGAUACUGGAGUCAUAAGUGUCAUCCACACUUUGGACUAUGAAGCAGCAUUAUCUUACCAGCUGACCAUCAGAGCCACAGAUUAUCUGACUGGUGCCCGUGCUGAAGUUAAUGUAGAUGUGCUUGUCCAAGAUGUAAAUGAUAACCCGCCUAUCUUCCAGAAAAUGUUGUACAGGGUAGUUUUGUCUGAAACAGCCAUGAUUGGAACUCCAGCACUUCAAGUAAUUGCAGCUGACAAAGACUCAGAGAAAAACAAUGUUGUCCGUUACCAGAUUUUCUCAGAUGCGCAUAACAGCACAGAAUACUUUCACAUUGAUAGUAGCAGUGGAUUAAUCCUGACAGCACGUAUGCUAGACCAUGAACUAGUCCACAAGUAUGACUUCAUUGUCAGGGCCACUGAUAAUGGGUUCCCACCUCUGAGUAGUGAAGUAUCAGUCAUAGUUGUAGUGAAUGACAUGAACGACAAUCCUCCUGUUUUCAACCAGCUCCUCUAUGAGGCAUAUGUGAAUGAGUUAGCACCUAGGGGUCACUUUGUAACCUGUGUCCAGGCAUCAGAUGCUGACAGCUCGGAUUUUGACAAGUUGGAGUACAGCAUUUUGUCAGGAAAUGAAGGAAUGAACUUUGUGAUGGACAAAAAGACAGGAAUCAUUACAUUAUCCAGCCAUCAUAAGCAAAGAAUGGAGUCUGCCUACAGCCUCAAUGUUUCAGUGUCUGAUGGGGUGUUCACCAGCACUGCACAGGUUCAUGUUAAGGUUUUGGGAGCCAACCUGUAUAGUCCAGUUUUUGCGCAAAAUAUGUAUGAGGCAGAGUUAAGAGAGAAUUCUGCUGUGGGAACCAAAGUUGUACAGGUGAGGGCAACAGAUGCAGACCCUGGAGUGUUCGGUCACAUAAGUUAUUCCUUUGUUAAUGAUGUGGGCAAGGACCAAUUCAGCAUUGAUGCAAGUGGUCAGAUCGCUACUAUAGAAAAGCUUGAUCGAGAGGACCCUGCCAAUAAAAACAUUGUUCUGACAGUAGCAGCCAGGGACUCGGGUGGACGUGUCUCUUACUGUACAGUACAAGUUAAUCUGUUGGACGAUAAUGACAAUGCACCUCACUUCCGUGCGACAGAGUACAGAGCUUCAGUCAAAUCUGAUGUGGCUAAAGGUUUUUUGGUGACACAGAUUCAGGCUUAUGAUCCUGAUGACGGUACUAAUGCCAAAGUGACAUAUUCACUUUACAGUGAGGCACAUGUCCCUGUGAUAGAUAUAUUGGAGAUAGACCCAGACAAUGGUUGGAUGGUGACUAAAGGCAGCUUCAGCCACCUGAGGAACUCUGUAUUAUCUUUUUUUGUGAAAGCUGUGGAUGGAGGGAAUCCAGUCCGGCACUCUCUAGUGUCUGUCUACAUCCAUGUUCUUUCUAUAGAUGCUUUCAUUCCUUCCUUCAGCCAACAUCAAUACUUAUUUAGCAUGCCAGAGGACACCCCCAUUGGUUCAACCAUAGGAACAUUGCAUCUCAAUACUUCUCCUGGAUAUAGCUCACUCACUGCUACUUUUUCCCUGGUUAACGGAGAGACUGGAGAAAACAACCAAGAUGGGGUGUUUGUGGUGGGAAAGGAUACAGGUGUAAUCAAGCUUGAUAAGCCCUUGGACCAUGAUGUGAUCAAAGGAUACCACUUCAAAGUCACGGCCACUGUAAAACAGGCAAAGCUGGCUUCUGUGACUUCUGUUGAUGUUGAAGUCAAAGUGUUGGAUCUAAAUGACAACAAACCAGCCUUUGAUGCCAACUCCUAUGAAGCCACAGUUAUGGAGGGAAUGCCAGUUGGAACCAGAAUUAUUCAAGUCCAAGCAUUAGACCCAGACUCAGGGGCCAAUGGUCAGGUAACUUAUAGUUUUGGGGCAUUAAUCCAGUCAGAAGUGGAUUCAGAAACAUUUGUUGGCACCUUUAGCAUUGACAGCAACACAGGCUGGAUCACCACACGCAAGGACUUGGAUCAUGAGACCAAUCCAUCCUACACAUUCACAGUGGUGGCAUCAGACCUUGGGGAGACCCUGUCUCUUUCCAGUACCACCACUGUGACCGUAGCAGUGUCAGACAUCAAUGACAACCCGCCCAGGUUCCUGGAGCAACAGUACUUUGGUUCAGUUCAGGAGAGCGACCCGCCAGGUGAGGUGGUGGCUGUGCUCAACACCAGAGAUGAUGACAGCUCUCCCAUUAACCGACAAGUCAGCUACCACAUCACUGGUGGGAACUAUCGUGGUGUGUUUGCACUGGGUCUGGUUCAGGGUGAAUGGAAGAUGUAUGUGAAGUGGCCACUGGACAGGGAGGAUCGCAACCUAUACACCAUCAAUGUCACUGCUAGCGAUGGGCUCUUUGUUUCCCAAGCAACAGUGGAGGUGACAGUGAUAGACACCAAUGACAACAGUCCCAUCUGUGACCAGGCUGUGUACACUGCCUCCAUUCCAGAGGACCUCCCCAUCGGCAGUGUGCUGCUGAGGGUUGGAGCUACAGAUGAAGAUGCAGGCAUCAGUGCCUGGAUCCAGUACUCUUUACAUGGUCCUGGAUCCCAGGACUUCGGCAUGGACCCGGACACUGGUGAGGUCAAGUCAUCUGUGAUUCUGGACCGUGAGAUGACACCCAAUUACAGACUGUUUGCUCAAGCAACUGAUGGUGGUGGCCGGUGGUGUCGUGCUGAGGUGCAGCUGGUAGUGACUGACGUGAAUGACAACCCGCCCAUCUUUACACUAUCACAGUACACUGCCAGCGUCUACGAAGACACUGCCACCAAAGCCCUGCUCACCCGCAUCCAGGCCAUAGACCCUGAUGAAGGCCUGGGCCGUAUGGUGGUCUACACUCUGGCCGACUCUGCAGGAGGUUCCUUCUCCAUCGAUAAAUCCUCAGGUAUUGUGGUCCUUGAACGCAUCCUCGAUCGGGAGGUCCAGCCAGCUUAUCAGAUAACAGUCCAUGCGUCUGACCAGGGUUCACCGCUUCCCCUCUCCUCAUUGGUCAAUGUCACAAUUACUGUGCUGGACAUCAAUGACAACCCGCCUGUGUUUGAGCGCCGUGAUCAGCUGGCGACAGUGCCGGAGGAUGUGGGAGUGGGCACAGAGGUUCUGAGAGUUUAUGCUGCCAGCAAGGACAUCGGGACCAAUGCUGAGAUCACUUACAGUAUCCGAUCAGGCAACGAGCACAGGAAGUUCCACAUCCACCCGCUGACCGGAGCCAUUUUAGUUGCCCAGCCUUUGGACUAUGAGACCUGUAGAGACUACUACCUGACAGUGGAGGCUCGUGAUGGCGGGGCACCACCACUGAGUGCCAUUACUACAGUGAACAUCAACCUGACAGAUGUCAAUGACAAUGCACCCAUGUUUAGCCGUGACCUCUACACUGCAGUGGUGUCAGAGGAUGCCACCAUUGGAGAGUCUGUAGUCCAGAUGGUAGCAGAGGACGUUGACAGUCAGCUGAAUGGAGACAUUCUCUACUCCAUCAUCAGUGGAGAUCGAGACAACCAUUUCUUUAUUGAUCCACUCUGUGGGGUCAUCAAGGUCAACAAGCAACUGGACCGUGAGACUGUUCCCAGCUAUUCAUUGGCCAUUAGAGCUUUGGAUAGUGGAAUACCACCCAUGUCCUCUACCGUAAUGGUCAACAUCGACAUCUCUGACGUCAAUGACAACCCGCCCACCUUCUCCCCAGCUAACCUCACUACUGUCAUACAGGAAAACAAGCCAAUCGGCACCAGCAUUAUACAGUUGUCCGUCACUGAUCAGGACUCCUCCCACAACGGCCCACCCUUUGACUUCCGCAUCUUGUCAGGAAAUGAAGGUGGAGAGUUUGUACUGGAGAAAGAUGGAACACUGGUGGCCAAUCAAGUUUUCAGGAGGGAAAUGGCUGAAUAUGUUAUUCAGAUACAGGUGACAGACUCAGGGAAGCCUCGUCUCUCCUCCUCCUCCAUGCUGACAGUCAGGGUGAUUGAGGAGAGCCUCCACCGUCCUGUGGCAUUGCCACUGGAAGUUCAUAUCGUCACUAUGGAGGACGAGUUUCCUGGUGGUGUGAUUGGCCAGCUGCACGCCACCGACGCUGACCCUUAUGAUGCGCUGACCUUUGGCCAUGCCCCCCCAGCCCAGCGCAGUCUUUUUAAGAUCAGUCCUCAUGAUGGUAAGAUCAUCGCCCUGGGAGGAUUGGAUGCAGGCAGGUACUCUCUUAACGGCAGUGUUAGUGACGGUCGUUUCGCCGUGCCUGUGCCCGUGAGUAUUCAUGUGGAGCAGGCCACACCGGAGAUGCUGCGCGAGGCGGUGACCGUGCGCUUUGAGAGUGUGGCACCACAAGACUUUGUGGCAUUGCACCUUAAGAGCGUUUUGAAGGUGUUACAGCAGGCAGCCACAUCGCAGCAGCAGGAUAUGCUGCACCUGCUUAGUUUGCAGCCAGUUGGCGGGACUCAACAGCUGGACAUGCUCGUUGCAGUGAAAACAGCAGGGGACGGGUACUACAAGGCGGCAUAUCUCACCCAGAAACUCAGUGCAUCACGGCGGCAGCUGGAGGAGGUCCUCAGAGUGUCAGCUAUCCUAGAUAAGAACUGCUCGGGGCUAGAGUGUCGCGGAGCGCAGUGUGAACAGAGCAUCACCCUGGACUCGCACAACCUGGCUACAUACAGUACCCCACGGGUCAGCUUCGUCUCACCACGCUUCCACCGGACCUCACGCUGCACAUGCAGUGAUACCAGCUGUGCUGUCCUCUCAGAGCAGUGUGAGGACCAGCCAUGUCCAGCAGACAUGCAGUGUGUUUCAGUUGAGGCCAAAAGAGGGCACUAUGCAUGCCAAUGUCCACCGGGCAAACUAGGAGAAUGUGCAGGUCAUUCGUCUCUGAGUUUCUCGGGUAACAGCUAUAUCAAGUACAGACUGUCUGACCGGCUGCAGACAGAGCUGAAACUCAGCCUGAGGAUCAGAACACUGCAGAGCCGAGGAAUCAUCAUGUACACACACACUGAGCCUUGCACCAUGCUCAAGUUGGAGGAGGGGAGGCUGUGGUUCCAGCUGGCAUGUGGCCUUGGCGGUGGAGGUGGUGACAGUCCUGACAUGUUGGGCAUCUCUGGCCGUCGUAUCAAUGAUGGCAGCUGGCACACGGUGGCACUGGAGCUGAACCGCAACUUCAGCAGCCUGGCGCUGGAUAACAGCUACGUUGAACAACGCCGUGGACCUCCAUUUAUCCAACUACUCGCUCCCGACAGGACCAUCUACUUUGGAGCACUGGUGCAGCACCCCAGCUCUCGCAGCCUCAUGCACUCCCAGAAGGACCCGCGGGUGCUUGAGGGUUUCCAGGGCUGCCUGGACUCAGUCAUGCUAAACAACUACGAGCUGCCACUGCAGAACAAACGCUCACGCUACGCAGAGGUGGUAGGACUGACAGAGCUGAAGCUGGGCUGCAUCCUCUAUCCUGACGCCUGCCUACAGCAGCCCUGUCGCAACGGAGCCACUUGCAUCAGCUUGCCCUCUGGAGGGUUCUCAUGCAGCUGUAGCCCCCAGUACACCGGAGGGCGCUGUGAGAUGGAGAUAACUGCGUGUGUUCCCAACCCAUGUCAGAAUGGUGCCAUUUGUAAAGCCAUUGGCAACGCGUUCCUCUGCAGCUGCAGGAGAGGUUUCAAGGGUCUGACCUGUGAUGAAGAUGUCAACGAAUGCGACCGCAGAAAUCCAGAGGGUGAGUGUGAGAAUGGCGGUGUCUGCGUCAACACUCACGGUUCCUUCUACUGUAACUGUACGGCGGGCUUCGUGGGCCAACAUUGCAGCCUGAGGCCUGUCGUUGUCCCUGACAUGCAGGCAGGUCACGCUGUGGUUGGUAAAGAGGAGCUGAUUGGCAUUUCUGUGGUGCUUUUUGUCAUCAUCACUCUCAUCAUCCUCUUCAUCGCUUUCCGCAAGAAGGUUUUCCAGAAGAACUACUCGCGGAACAAUCUGUCUCUGGUCCAGGACCCGGCCACUGCAGCACUCCUCAACAAGGCUAACGGUCUUCAGUUUAAGACCCUACACUGCACACCUGGAGACCCUCUCAACCUGUACUCAGAGCCAGGGCUGGGGCCCACUGUGGGGGGAGGGGGUGGGAUGAUGGGACCUCCACAGGUCCCUGUCAGGCCCAUGGCAUACACACCAUGUUUCCAAGGAGACCCACGGCCCACACUGGAGAAGACUGUGGAUGGGCGCGGUGUGGAGCAUACAGAGAUGACCACCUUUCAUCCAGAAUCACCAAGGAUCUUGUCAGGAACCAACAGGAGGGGGGUGGUGGUGUGCAGCGUGGCCCCCAACAUGCCGGCAGUGUCACCCUGUCGCUCAGAUUGUGACUCCAUACGCAAGAGCCCAUGGGACAGUGAUGAGGGUAAGAUGGUUGACAUGGCAGAAGAAGUAACGUGUUUCUCAGAAAGCAACAAAGGCAGUAACUCAGAAGUCCAAUCACUGAGCUCCUUCCAGUCUGAUUCCUGUGAUGACAAUGCGUAUCACUGGGACACGUCCGACUGGAUGCCGAGCACCAGGCUGUCAGACAUUGAAGAGGUGCCAGGCUAUGAGGCACAUCCUGGCAGCAAUGUAGCAGGCUCAGCCCCCCACCUUGGAGGAAGCACCCGUGAACUUGAGUCAGACUACUACCUCGGAGGCUAUGACAUCGACAGCGACUACCCCCCUCCCCACGAAGAAGAGUUCUUGAACCAAGACCAGUUGCCACCUCCGCUGCCCACAGGUGAGGAUUAUCCUGAGUCUUACACAGCAGCCAACCCACCAGUAUCCAAGGAAAGCACCCUGAGCUCUGGCAGCACUGGAAGUCAGCAUGCCAGGCCACAUUUCCACCCCAGCCAAUACCUGCCGCCCCAUCAGCUGCCCCUGGGGGAAGUACCACACGGGGAUUUCAGCACUUCAACCCCAGGAAACACUGAUAACUCUGUGUCGUUAAAUAUGCGACAAUCUGGUGAUGCAUCAUCAGCCUCAGACAUGUCGAUCCCCUGUGGGCUGGACGACUCUGAACAUAGCGGCGACUUUGACAGUAUGGACGAGCUUCCUCGAGGGGUGACCAUCAUUACUGACUCACAGCAACAGACUGAGGUGUGACUGAACGGAUGGAGACACAUAAGCGGAUGUUAUCCCAGGGGAUGCUGAUACAACCAUAGACUAUAACAGUAACCUUAAAACCGCAUAUUUAACACCACAUUUCACUUGUUUCAACUCCUAGAGUCUCAUGAAACUCUGUCCAGAAAUGGGAGUGUUAAGUUUUACCAUAAACAACAAACUGAGUGUUGUCAGUCCUGUUGCCGCUGUGCAGAACAAUCAGAAGUGCCCUUCCUGUUCCAAUAAGGAGUCAUUUGUAAUGUGAAAUGUGAAUCAGACUAGUCCAAAAGAUAUUGAAAUUUACAUCUGCAAUAGAAAAAAAUUUACAAAAGAGAAGGGACAAUAAUGUAAGUGAACAAGUUGUUUGGUUCCCUGCUCCUUCACAGAAGCCCAUCAGACCUCUUCUUUCGAAAAAAAAAAAAAAUCAAACAGAUCCCCAUUUUCCUUUUUUCCUUCUUGGAUUUGUAAACUUUUUAGUGCUUUGAGCUACAGACUUUGUAAAAUAGUAUAACCUUACUGGUGAAUAAGUAUGAAGCAGUGUUCUGGCCCCAUUUCAAAAAGCCAUUUAUUUGUUUAAAUGUGGAAUGUGCUUGCUCCUUCCCCCCCAAAAAUCAAGUACUGCAUUAAGCCAUGAAUCUUCAGUUAUCCUCUCUCAGUAGCCCAAAAGGUUCAAUGUAUCAUUGAUUUUCCAGCUUCAUUUUUUUUGUACCUAGUUUUGUGCGGAAACCAAGAGCUACUGUAGUUGCUAAUGUAUUGUAAGGAAUUAUAUGAUUUGUCCUCAUGACAAAAAUAAGCACUGUGUCAUACAUGAAUAUAUUUGUAUACUCAAGAUAAUUAUCUUAUUUUUGUCAUGAGGACAAAUCAUUUAAUUCUAAUAUAACCCCAAAAUUGUUUUAAAGUGAUCAGGACUACUUUAGACUGAGGGAUAAAAUGUAAGUGGAGGCUUGAUAUCAAGAUGAACUUAUUGUUGUCUUAUCUCAUUGCCAAAUGUUAGCAGCGGUGUAAAGUAAGUACCUUUUCUCAAGUACUUUAGUUAAGUUCAAUUUUGAGGUACGUCAUUUCUAUGCAGUCAGUAUGAAUUAUUACUAUUCACUGUAUGCAGCUUUAUACAGCUACUUCACUACACUUAAUUGGGAAAUAUUGCUCUUUCUCUUUGCUCUUUUCAGAUUAAUAUUACACAAACAAAACAUAUAUACAGUAUCUGAUACAUGCUGUAUGGAGUGGCAACAAUGAUUCUGCUGGAGAACUAAUCCCACUUCAUAAACAUGAACUUUAAAUUUUGGUAAAUCAACAAAAUGUAGCACAUAAGGAGACUGGGGUUGUGGAGGAAGCUGUAGCAGUGUUGGCAUUAGGUGUUCUGUCUAAACUGAUGCUCUGCUCCAUCUUGCUGGAUUUUAAUUGUUAUCUUGUAAAAAAAAUAUUAAGAAAAGAAAAUACUUUAUCUUCAGAUAAAAAGAUAGUUACUGUAAGUAGAAAUGUUAUGAUAGAAAUGCUAAUUCUAUUUGCAACCACAGCCACUCUUAGCAUCAGUCAUUUUGUUUUGUGAAAUUGUUUUUUUUUAUGUUGCACUAUUGUUUUGAUGUUGGCUUGUCAUACUGUUUUUGAUGAAAUUGCCAUAUUUCAAAAUCCUACAGUAAUUGUUAAUUCAUGGUGAAAAAUCAUUAUAUAGGACACAAUGCCACUGCAGAGUUGAAAAUAAUUGACGAACACCAGCUGCAUUAUGCUGUGAGCCUGAGUUGGUGACCAUAUAUUAUCUACUCUCCCUCAAUUUGUUUGGUGUUUAUUGUCCAUGUGGAGCAGACACAUUUUAGCGGCACUACAUUCCUCUGUUUCAGAGUGUCGGUGGUUUCAUCCCACUCCCCCAAUGUGCAUGUCGAAGUAUCCCUGGGCAAGAUACUUAAUCCCAAAUUGCAACCGAUGGCUGUGCCAUAUAUUAAUGUGUGAAUGUAUUCACUUCUGUUUCUGAGGGCACCUUACCCUCUGCCAUCAGUGAAUGAAUGUGCGUGAAUGUGUGUAAAAGCUUUCAGUGGUUGGAAAGGCGCUAUACAAGUACAGACCAGUUAUCAUUUGCUACUUUGUAGCAUCUUCACCAUGUCUGCAGACAGAAGUCAAUCACUUAUCCGGGUCCAGGUCAUCUGACUGCUUCGUAUCAUCACUGUAUUGUUCUAUAAUCUGCCUGAUUUCUUCUUGAAAGAUGUAUGUUUGUGUUUAAAUCUCUGUACAGUGUACAUAGCUAGGUUGUUAAAAUUCAGAUUUUGUAGAUACGUAAUUGCAAUCCUGAAAUGCCUUUGUUUUUUUUAGUUGGGCUUUUUGAUGUGAAUGUGGACAAUAAGAGACUGUGGAAUAUCAAUUAUUUUCACAUCAUUCCUCCUCUGCCGCUGACUGACUGAAUGCCAUUUCAAUAUGAUAGAUACAUUUUGCACAGUAUUAAAUACAGACAUUACAACUCAGCAAAUUUGGUUUUUAUGGCAAUGAAGGAAUUGUUUUGUACAUUUCUUUCAUCUGGAAUGUUUUGAUGAAUUCCUAAUGUUCCUAAAGACAUUUAGCAAUGUCAAAAAUAUGUCCCCUAUCUGCAGAAAUAGAGUGUACAAAUGUUUUUCAAUUCAGUGCAGAAAAUAAAAAGGUUCUUGUGCACCA